AUGGGUGACGAAAGGUUCAUUGACUUCCAAUUCCAAGAUUUGAAUUCAAGCCUCAGACCCAGGUUGGGCAAUGCUACUGCCAAUAAUACUUGUAUUGUUGAUGAUUCCUUCAAGUAUAAUCUGAAUGGUGCUGUCUACAGUGUUGUAUUCAUUCUGGGUCUGAUAACCAACAGUGCCUCUCUGUUUGUCUUCUGCUUCCGCAUGAAAAUGAGAAGCGAGACAGCUAUUUUUAUCACUAAUCUGGCCCUCUCCGAUUUGCUCUUUGUCUGCACUCUACCUUUCAAAAUAUUUUACAAUUUCAAUCGCCACUGGCCUUUCGGUGACACUCUCUGCAAGAUCUCUGGGACUGCAUUCCUUACCAACAUCUAUGGGAGCAUGCUCUUCCUCACCUGUAUUAGCGUGGAUCGUUUCCUGGCCAUUGUUUAUCCCUUCAGAUCUCGUACCAUUAGGACCAGGAGGAAUUCUGCCAUUGUGUGUGCUGGAGUCUGGAUCCUGGUCCUCAGUGGUGGUAUUUCAGCCUCCUUGUUCUCAACCACUAAUGUCAACAAUACUACCACAACCUGCUUUGAGGGCUUCUCCAAACGUGUUUGGAAGACGUAUUUGUCCAAGAUCACCAUAUUUAUUGAAGUUGUUGGCUUCAUCAUUCCUCUGAUAUUGAAUGUCUCUUGUUCUUCUGUGGUGCUGAGAACCCUCCGCAAGCCUGCUACACUGUCUCAAAUUGGGACCAAUAAGAAAAAAGUACUGAAGAUGAUCACAGUGCAUAUGGCAAUCUUUGUGGUCUGUUUUGUACCCUACAACUCUGUUCUCUUCCUGUAUGCCCUGGUGCGCUCUCAAGCCAUUACCAAUUGCUUUUUGGAAAGAUUUGCUAAAAUUAUGUAUCCAAUCACCUUGUGCCUUGCGACUCUUAACUGUUGCUUUGACCCUUUCAUCUAUUACUUCACCCUUGAGUCCUUUCAGAAGUCCUUCUACAUCAAUACCCAUAUCAGGAUGGAGUCCAUGUUUAAGACUGAAACACCUCUUACCACAAAGCCUUCCCUUCCAGCUAUUCAAGAGGAAGUCAGUGAUCAAACAACAAAUAAUGGUGGUGAGUUAAUGCUAGAAUCCACCUUCUAG